GUAUCCAGAUUCAUUUUGUUUCUUUGCCUUCCUGUUUUUCUUGUACAUUAUUAAAUUAGUACAAUUUCAUUUUCAUGUGGGCGUGUAAAGUAUCUUCCAUUUGAAAACAACCCCCAUUCAUUCAUUCACUCACUCACCAACACCACCAAACAAAGCCUUGCUGGUGGCGGACACUCCGAGGGGCCUCUCUCUCCUCUCCCUCUCCACAAUAAAACCCAAAAAACUCACACAACCCGACCCACAACACAAGAGAAAAAGCGCACUGCUCGCUCGUGUUCUGUUUCUCUCUGUUUCUCCGUUCUCUGUUUUUUUUUCAGAUCUCGAAAAAUGCAGAGCGCGGCUUUCACUUUCUCUCCCUCUCUCCCUCUCCGCAACCCUUCCCCUAACUCUUGGAGGAGACCCUCUCUUUCUCUCCGUCUCCACGCCAAACACAGCAACAACAACAACAACAGUAACAGCACCGAAGGCGUUAACUCCAAUGGCGUCUCUUCCACUUCCUUCACUCGCCGAUCUUGGACUCUUCUUCCUUCUUCUUCUUUCAAAUUCAGGCCUCUUCCUUCUUCACCUCCUCGCGCCGCCGAAAACGCCGUUCCCGAAAGCGCAGCAGCACCCGUCGAAAACCCGCUCUUCAAAACUCUCGAACUCGGCGCCUUGUUUGGCUUAUGGUACCUCUUCAACAUCUACUUCAACAUCUACAACAAACAGGUGUUGAAGGCGUUUCAUUAUCCGGUAACUGUGACUGUUGUUCAGUUUGCCGUUGGGACUGUGCUAGUGGCAUUUAUGUGGGGUUUGAAUCUCUAUAAGAGGCCGAAACUCAGUGGUGCUAUGCUUGGAGCGAUUUUGCCGCUGGCUGCAGUGCAUACUUUGGGGAACCUUUUCACUAAUAUGAGUCUUGGGAAGGUGGCCGUGUCUUUCACUCACACUAUCAAAGCCAUGGAGCCUUUCUUUUCAGUCAUCCUUUCUGCCAUGUUCCUUGGAGAGUUUCCUACACCGUGGGUGGUUGGUUCCCUUGUGCCUAUUGUUGGUGGAGUUGCACUGGCGUCUGUUACCGAGGCCUCUUUCAAUUGGGCUGGAUUUUGGAGUGCAAUGGCAUCUAAUGUGACAAAUCAAUCUCGUAAUGUUCUUAGCAAAAAGGCCAUGGUUAAGAAAGAGGAUUCUAUGGACAACAUUACUCUCUUCUCUAUAAUAACUGUAAUGUCCUUCUUCUUGUUAGCACCUGUGGCUAUCUUCAUGGAGGGUGUCAAAUUUACCCCUGCUUACUUGCAAUCUGCUGGGGUGAAUGUUAGACAACUUUACAUCAGAUCUCUUCUUGCUGCUCUCUGUUUCCAUGCGUAUCAACAAGUUUCGUAUAUGAUAUUGCAAAGGGUAUCACCUGUUACCCACUCUGUGGGUAAUUGUGUGAAGCGGGUUGUGGUCAUUGUGAGCUCUGUCAUCUUCUUCCAAACUCCUGUCUCACCUGUGAAUGCUUUUGGGACUGCUAUAGCUCUUGCUGGAGUUUUCCUCUAUUCAAGGGUGAAGCGUAUUAAGGCAAAGCCAAAAACAGCUUAAUUUUCAAUGGUAAAAUUUUGUUAGUUCCAUUGAGGAAGCCAAAUAGUUGCAAUCUGCAAUUCUGAAUUUCUUUGUAGGUGAGAUAGGGAAUGAGGAUUAUCUUUAUUGAUCCUCAGUCCUCACAUUUCCUUUUUAUUUCUUCUCCUUAAGUACCUUGUGGAUUUCAUUAUUUAUGUUUGAGUAAGUGCCUAAUGGUUCUGCUCCAUGAAAAAAUUAUCCUCUUCUGAAUUUUGCUUAAAUAGGUGUGUUUUUAAUUAUCAUUUUCGUACAAGCAUAUAUGUAAUCAGCCAUAGAUUUUUUAAAUGAUGUGCAAGUUUUGGGCCAUCGUUAAUCUUUCA